AUGCCACCAAAACGAAACAGCGAGGACAAAAGUUUAGCCUCCCCACAAAAGACGGGAGCUAGAGUACGAAAAGGCAGAAAGCUGGAUAAAGGUGUCAAGAAAAGGCAAAAGGUAUAACAUUUGUUGAAAAUUUCGGUCGAAGAUUGAACGCUAUGUAUAUUUUUGACAUAGUUGACAUUUCGUGCGAUAUUUGUAGACUACAUGCAGUUUAGUUUAUAUAAACUUUCUGUCUGAGCUGGGUUUAUUAUAAUUCAGACUGAAUUUAUAUACGGGCUUAAUGUAAAUAGAGAUAUGAACUUAGUCCAUAUAGUAAGUUUAUGAAAUCCUGUAGUAGAGUUUAGUCGUUUGACAUCAAAAUUUUAUAAGAUGCCACGUCUUUCUAGUUUCUACAGCAGCAAAAAUUAUAUCAUAGUCCAAAAGCGCGCUAAUGGUGCUACUAUAUGCGUAAGGCUUUCUAAAAAGCAUUGCUUUUGUUUUUAUUCAUGUCAAUGUUUCAAAAAAAUAUAGGUGGCUUUACUCAAAGUAAAAUUCAAACAUAUUUUAGGGCAAGCGGAAAUUUGACAUAAAAUUAACAGUUUCAAAACUUUGUAUUUUAUAUUGAUCUGUGUCAUGCUAUAUAUUAUAUAUAUGAACUAUUUAGUGUCUUGGUUAGACUUGCUCAUUUCCUAAAAGGCUUUGGCAUUUACCGUUGCAGUUAUUAUUUGAGUAUGGAUUAGCUCAUCAGAGGGAAGCAAAUCAGCUUUUGUUUAGUCAAACAGCCUCAGCUAAGAUUUGGUGAAAUGUUUGCAAAAAAUUCCUGUUAUAUUGCGAUUUUAGCCGCAUGUGCAAAACAGUCUACUUCAAUUUUUGCACCACAAAAUGCUGUGUAAAUAAAGGAAAUAUAAACUAAGCAAUAAAAGCGAUUUUAAUAGCAAUUUUAUCGCAAAUUUUGCUUGGAAUUUUUUACUACAUGAGGUUCGCACUUUACUUCCGGCUGCUGAAACCGGAAGCUAUUAAAAUCGAAUCCUUAGUUUUUCCGUUCUCAGAGCAUUCAAUUUUUCAUCAAUUUAAUGCCAUUGUUACGCAGUUUAAAGAGUACCUACCUACCAGCAACCUUUUAAAAACACUUGUAAUUCACCUUUCAAGCCUUUUGGGGGUAAUUUUAACAGGUUUUGCCCGUAAAUUUGCCCAAAUUUUGAUUGAAAUUUUAUUUCUCAUUUAGACUUCCGCCGAAAAGGGGAAAGCGAAGAGAGCAUGCUCAAAACGUCCCAAACAACAAAACAAUAUGGCGACCACAUUUGACAGCGAUGAAAAUAAUUCCGACCUUUCAAGCGAAGAUGAACGUGGAUUUUUCCAAAUGGCAGAAUCGGAUGAAGGUUUUUAUGUGCCUUGAAAGUUUAUAGUGUUAAAUGUAAAGAAAAAUAAGGGAAGCUGUUGAUAGAAUCUGUGUAAAUAAUCCAGAAAUAGAAAUUGGUUAAAUACAAACAUAUAAAAUCUGUGCCUCUGCCCCCCUCCUGUGGACCUAUGCAUCUCAUGACUUGCCCUACAGCACUAAAGUUUCUUUUCUAAAAAUGCACUUUGGAAGUGCCUUCACAAUUUACAUACUACAUACUUUUUCAGACACAGAAGAUGCUAGUGAGACAGACAUGGCAAAACUUGAAGAAGAAUUCAGUGAAUUGAAGGAACAGUUAGUUUUCUCACAAUUGAUCCUAAUGUACAGUAGAACCCCCUUAAGGCCUAAUUCCACGAUGAGCGAAAUGCGAUUUCUACUCCGUUGCGAAAUGGAAAUAGCGAAGCCAGUCAAAUGCUUGUGUUUUGGAUGACAAAAUAGCGAAACCAAUAAAAAAUGCUUGUGUUUUGGCAAAUUUUUUCUCUACUGUGGAAAUCACUACGAGAGAAAAUUUUCGCAUUUCGCUCGUCAUGGAAGUAGGCCUUUACGGCUGAAAAAAUUUGGACAGGCUGAAAAAAUUUGGCUGUAUUAAUUAAUUAACAGGAUAUCGUUAUAAGAAAAUGAAUUACCUUGGUGUUUUUCUGGGACAAAAAUAAGUGGGUCAUAAGGCCAAAGUAAAAACUAAAAUAACUUGGUUAGUGUCCCUGCCCGACCAGUGAAAAAGCUCCUGACCCAACUUUUUUAUUUUUUUUAUUUUACAUAGAUAAUUUUCUAUUAAGAAAGAAUUUGUCCACUUUUAUAUAAAUAAACCAACAUUCACAACCGGCAUUACAUUUCUCAGCAGUCGACUAGUGCUGGGGUGUCAUAUACACCCUAACCAACAUUUGAUUGCUAGAAAUCCUCUAUAUAUUAAAUAUGCUCAUAUUUUAUAUCCCUGGGAACGAGGCUGCUUUUUAUAGGUGCAAAUCAAAGAGGUUUUCAAAAAACCCUUCCCCCUACUCUAAAAAUUAGGAAAAAAGGUUCUUGGCAUAAUAAAGAGAUGACCAUAUCAGGAUGGCUGUAAGAUGAGGUUCCACUGUGCUAGUUUCCUAGGUCCAUUUCAGACAGCAUAUUUUUCAUGUCCCGAACUGUUGUAUUAGAUGCGACCCCAGAGUGGUGUAAAUAGAGAAUAAUACAUGGGUGCACGGAAAUACCAGAUUUAUUUCAACACAAGAAAUAAAUCUGGUAUUUCCAAGCACCCAUGUAUUUUUCUGUUUAUUAUAUAAAGGACAGUCUUUGAAAAGCGAUAAUUUUUACAGAAAAGCGAUAAUUGAAAAGCAAUAAUUUUCACAUGUGAGAUUAUCAUGAAUAAUCUCACAUGUGAGAUUAUCACUUUUAUCCGUGCUCGAAAUCUCUAUAAAGCACUAUACUUUAUUUAAUAAGAUAAUUUGUCACGCCAAGUUCUGCCAUACUUAAUUUAACUGAGUCACAGUUCAUGUGCAGGGCUCGAAAUUCUAUCAGAUAUAUUUAAUUUCAUUUGCUUACCACAACUCAUUUAUGUUUGAAAUGUGAGUCUAAGUUUACUGUAGUAAAAUAGACUAGUUAAAAACAAUAAAAAUGCAUGUCAUGAAAACAUUGAUUUUUACAAUAUGACUCAUAUGAGACAUCGCCAUUUUGGCAGUUCAAUGAAUAAAAAUGGCAGGCUAAAAUUUAUUUCACCUGCCAAAUUUUUUUUUUUCUCUAUGUCAAGCCCUGUUCAAGUGUCACUCUGCUGUUGCACCUAAUUCAUCAAUUAAGUUUAGCACAUGAAAUUGUGACCUUACUAAUUUUUUUCUUCUGAAGGGUGUAUCAAGAAAAACUUAGCAAAUACAAGAAACAACUUCAAGAGCUAAAUAAUGGUAGGAAUAGGUAUUCUCUACCCUAUGGAAGACAUACAUGUACACACUAUGUGAUUACUGUGCAGUCGACUUUCUUGGGAGAAUUUGGUUGCGACACUGUGAUGACAAAGUAUUGAGAACUCUUUCUGUAUCGUAGGAACCCAGGUUGAUUAUUUAAAGAGGUUGAAUCAGUUGGAGAAGGAAAGAGAUGAUCGAUUGUUUUUGGCAGGUAUUUGAACUUACCAUGAAAUGUAGUAAUAAGCUUUCUAGCUUUUGGUAUAAUUCUCCUUCUUUAAUUAAUGUAAUACCAUAUUAUUUUUUAUAGAGGUUUGCAAGAUGUAUGAGGUAUGAUUAUUCAGUUUUAUCAUAGCAUCACUAAAAACUCCAACAAAAUGAAGUCAGGGCUCAAAAUAAGGGGAGAUCGGUCUCCGGUCAAAAUGACUGGUCAACUUGAUUUUAGCUCGGUUAAAAUCUGUCAUUGAUACAUUUACACUAACAGUGAAACAAACUAUCAGAAACUUGUUUCAGUACAUCAUAAAUAUGGCAUCAUCAUGUAAUAAUUUGCUGAUUGAUUAGAUUUUUUAUUUUGUUAGAUCGAGAUGCUAAACAAAGAAUGUGAAGAAGAGAAGAAAACAGCAAAGAUUGAGUAUGAGGUAACUUAUUGAUUGUUUCAUUAUCUGAGUAAUUGAUAUUCUGAUUGAGUGUUGUAUUGAUUAAUUAUCUGAUUGAUUGAUAAAUUCAUUGAUUGUCUAAUUUAUUGAUUAUCUGAUUGAGUUAUCUAUUGGUUUACUAACCAACCAAUAAAUUAUCUAAUUGAUUUAUUAUCUGAUUCAUUGAAUUUCUGAUUCAUUGAUUUUCUGGGUCACUGAUUUUCUGAUUUAUUAUCUUGAUUAUCUGUUUAGAUUUGUUAUCUGAUUAUAUUGAUUAUCUGAUUUAUUGACUAUCUGAUUCAUUGAUUUUCUGAUCGAUUGGUUAUCUGAUUGAUUGAUUAUCACAUUUAUCUGACUGAUAUUAUCUUGUUGAUUGAUUUUCUGAUUGAUUAUCUGAUUAGAUUGAUUAUCUGAUUCAUUGAUUAUUUGAUUGAUUGAUUUUCUGAUUCAUUGAUUAUCUGAUUAAUUGAUUCAUUGAUUGAUCAAUCAAUUUGAUUGAUUGACUGAAUGUCUCUAAUUAGUUUAUAUUGAAUUAUCAACUGAAUGAUGUUUUCUAGAAUAAGAAAGUAGAACUAAAAGAAACACUCCUACAACAACUGGAUGAAAAGAAGAAAAGUUUAGAGUUGGAAAAAGUAUCAAUGGAACUCACGAAUGGUAGGAAUUGAUGAAAACUUAAAUCCAGAAAUUACAAGACACAUAUUUCACAACAUAUUGUGUUUCAGAUAUCCUGGAAAGUAAACCCGCAGUCACCAGAAAAUUACGACGUCGUCCCAAUGAUCCGCCUCCAGCCCCUGAAAAAAGAAGAAAGAAUUCACCUGAUAUCCUUUUAACCCAUUUAGUGGCGGCACUCUCCCCUUGAGAAGUAAAUCAUCUGGCAUUAGACAGAGUUAAAUAAUAAAGUUAGGCACAAUGCAAUGGACCAUUUGCAUUAUAUACUAAAUUUUGAUCUAAACAAGUCUAGACAAAAAUUUCAUCAGCUUGAAAGAGCGUCACAAAAUUAGUAAUAUUCCAAAGUUUUGUUGCGAAAUGUUGUAAAAUGCGGAUAAUAUAGCCUUGCGAAGUUUGCCGUUUUUCAGUCCUUUUCUAUAUUACAAACGGGAAAUUGACAGCCCCAAAGUGUAUUGGGCUGUCAAUUUCCCCCACGUAAUGCAAAAUGACUGAAAAACGGCAAACUUUGCAAGGCUAUAUUAUCCACAUUUUACAACAUUUCGCAACGGAACUUUGGAAUAUUACUAAUUUUGUGAUGCUCCUUCAAGCUGUGAUGAAAUUUUUGUCUAGACUCGUUGAGAUCAAAAUUUAGUCUAUAAUGCAAAUGGUCCAUUGAAGCAGUCUGUACCAGUGUAGGUACUAGUGGCAAUAAUAAUAAAGCCUCGAAUUGCUAGGGAUACUACUACCUGAAAAAUACAAGGAGAACUUUGGACUUUUUUUUGUAUGUUUGAGGUAGUUGCGUGGCUUUCUAACAUACUUUAAGCCUGUUUUAUUCGUCGAAUUUUGGUAUAAAUAAUUGAUUCAAAAUAUGUGCCUUAGGGCUGUUUAAUACGUCGAAUUUCGGUCGCAUCGAAUGCAAUUAAGACAAUAGAUAAUGAGAUGAUAUACCUCAUUAAGCUUCAUUAUCUAUUGUUUGAAUUGCAUUCGAUGCGACCGAAAUUCGACGUAUAAAACAGCCCUAAGGCACAUAUUUUGAAUCAAUUAUUUAUACCAAUGCAGUGGCAUAUUUGGAGAAAGACCAAAUCCACCAAAAUUCUUAAUGCACAAAAAUAUGAUAGAGCAAAUCUCCAAAAGUAAACUAAACAAUUUGAUAGCCCAAGAGUGUUAUUCUUAACUCUGUUCACUCCACAUCAAUGUACUUCUUGAAGAAUCUGAAGUGUUGGAAGAUCUAAAAGCCAUGAACAAAUUACACAGCGUUACAACUGAGGUAAAUAUCAAUCAAGUACCCAGCUUAAGCUAGUAUGGAAGUUCCAGACAGCUACAAUCUACAAUCCUGGACAAAAGUGUUGGGACACUCAAACUUUUCCACCCUUGAAUUCUAAAGACAACGCCCCCGUCCCCUCCCCCACCCAACUCAAUGUUGAAAGUUCUUACAAUUUUAGUUAAGGAUGCCCCCAAAAUCAACAUUGAACGGGGGAGGGGAGGGGGUUCGGUUCAAAAGCAUAUUUUGCGUUAAAUCUGCUUUCCUGAAGAGAACAAUAAAUACAUGCGAAAAUUUUGGGUUGUCCCAAGGACUUCUUGGCCAGGAUUGUAGGUUUUGUUUGUUUAUUUUGCUGCAUGAAUAUUUUGCUUAUUUUCGUACAGAAAAAUGGUUCAAAAGUUAAUAAAAGUUCAAACAACACCAACCAGAAUACCAACCAUAGUAAGUUGAACUUCAUUUUAUUGUGGAUUGUGGAACAUCUUUCUUUCUCCUAAGCAUGGGUGUAUCAAUAUUUUUGUUUCUUGAAGUUUUUUUGGGCGAAAGUUUUCUGCAAAGAUCACGAAUAUUCUUCCUAAUAAAUUAUUUUCUUGGCAUACAUAAGUAUUUUGUUAUUGUCGAUUUCAAGUCACGUUCGCAACAAAGUUCGCUAGUACAUUUCAAUGUUUGAACUAUUGUAAACAAAUGUUCAUAGUUCAAGUUGAAAUUAGCAAUUCAAUGGAAAGUUCUUGGUCCAGUGGGUUACCAAGAAGGUUUGUAUUUCAUUGAAUUGGAUAUUAUUAUUGAGUGUGAACAUUUGUUCACAAACGAAGUUCAAACAUUGCAAUGAACUUGCGAACUUUGAUGCGAAGUUUGCGCCCAAUUUCCGAACUUGGAAACAUAAUUGGCAAGUUCGCAACGAACUUGGGAACCGCGCGUUGAAAAGUGACUUGAAGUCGACAAUAAUAUUAUAAUAUUCCUGCCCAAUGUUCGUAGAUAAUCAAGUUGCUGAUGCACUCGCAACAUCACAUUACGAUAUCCGUGUAGAAGAUGGUAAAUUGUUCCAUGACAGAAGAUGGUUAGUUGAACGAGCUAUUUUCAUUCAGAAUAAACUACGGUAGUUUUCACAAAUGGCUAAAAGCAGGGGUUGAUUUUUUUUUUAAAAAUUAAGUUUAGUAAACGAAUAAGAUCUGAUCACCAAAUCUGAUAUCAGGUCUCCCUAUAUCGAUGUGUUAUGCAGUAGAUCACAGAGAUAUCUUAGGGCUUUAGAAUUACUUUAUUAUUUCAAGUUUUUUUAAAGUUUCCACCAGGCCUACCUUUCGCAAAUAAGUACAGCACUUUUUUUGAUUGCAUAUUUAGAUGAAUAUUUGUUUAAACAAACAAACAAACAAACAAACAAACAAACAAACAAACAAACAAACAAACAAACAAACAAACAAACAAACAAACAAACAAACAAACAAACAAACAAACAAACAAACAAAUAUCUGGUCGCCAGAAGAUUGGUUGCAAUUGGCGACCUGGCGCCCGCUCAUUUCAACCCCUAGGUAAAGUUAGUCGUAUGAAAAAAGGUAAAACUUUCUCUCCAAACUAUUUUCGAAGGUAUCACAGAGGACAGCAAGUUUAUGUCGAAUCAAAAGAAAGCGGGAAAGUCAGGUAAAACCAAUGAGUCUAAACUGAAGUGAAGCCAAAGAUGAAGUUUGUUUGCAACAAGGCUUCAAGCCCACGAGGAAUGCUGGUCUUAGUGGUCAUCGCCCGGGAAAAUUGAACAAUUCAAAAUGGCCACUAUUGAAAUUUUCCUGGGCGAUGACUACUAAGACCAGCAUUCCUCGCGGGCAUCAAGCCUUGUCACGUCAUUAUGCGUAAGGUGUAUUGCAGGCACAUUUUAAAAUACUGACAUUUUUUUAACAAUAUUUAGGUCACAAAAUCUAAGUAAGAUGUGUUUUUGCAUGCACAUUUUGAAUUUCGCUCGCAGGCACGAAAAAAUGUUAAUGAGACCUGUUUGUUUGCUUGUAGUUUGUUUUAGUUUUUUUUUUUUAAUUUCUUCUGACAUGUUGAUAUACGUUUUCUAGUGGAAUUAUUCACGCUAUAGGACCAACCGAAGUAAGUCGAAUAAGAAAUGAAUUUCAUUUCUACCAAACUGUACAGCUUCUCUCCUGGUUUUGUGCUAAAAUUUUUUUCCCUUUGUUUUAGAUCUGUAUAAAAAAGACAACUGAUAACAGCAAGUUGAGGAUAACGAUCAGUCAGUUGCAGAAAGGAAGAUACACGAUACGACGUCGGAGCUCUUGA